AUGAACUCAGCAGACCCCUUCGAUAUCGUCAAAGACAAGGUCACUGAAAAGCUUCGUGCCGUUAAAGUGCUUCAAGAGAUGUAUAUGGAGCAGAUCAACGGAUCGGGUACUAUGGAUGAGGUCUCUAUUUCUGGUAUUGAAAAAGAACUCCGAAAUAAUAUUCAAUCCAUUGAUUUGUUUUUAAAUGAUUUGCAAGGCACUGUCAAUAUUGUAGAAAAGAAUCCUCAACGUUUUUCAAAUAUAUCUCGAGAAGAGAUUGGAAAACGUAAAUUGUUUAUUUCCUCAACAUCACAACAAAUGAGACAAAUAGAACAACAAAUGAAGAAUAGAAAACAAAAACAAACUCAACUUCAAAAGGAAAGCCUGUUUUCUGAUCCGAAACAAAAAGGAUCAUCAUCAGCACAAUUAAAUGAUGAUGAAGAUGAUGGAAAUUAUCCUGACUCUUUUAAGAACACUUCCAGUAGUAGCAAAGGGAGAUACUCAAGGCUUGAAGAGUCCUAUAUCAAGGACAAUCAAAGAUUUAUUGAUGAACAAUUACAAAUUCAAGACACUGUGAAAAGAAAUCAAGAUGAACAGAUGGACAAAAUGACAACAACCGUUCAACGAGUUGGUCAAAUUGCUGUUGAUAUUGGAAAUGAAUUGGAUGAACACAAGAGAGAGUUGGAAGAAAUGGAAAAUCAUGUAGAAAAGACCAAAGGUUUAUUGGAAAGAACGAAUAAGAGGUUACAGACAUUGUUGAAUAAUACUUCUGACAAGUGGAAGAUUAUAAUUAUUGUUGUUUUAUUAUUGAUAGUCCUUGGGUUGAUUGCUGUUGUGAUAUUUGUUCCAUUUAGAUAA